CGUGGGCAGUCAGCUGAGCGCCGUGUUGUGUUUGUUUACUUCAAGUCACAGAGUCACGACGGAAAGAUCAGGAGGAUGCAAGAGGCAUAAUAAUAUGCAACACUGACUGACAUGACUGCAAUAUUUGUAAGAAAACCAGUGCAACAGUUGAUUUUACCAGCUCUGUAUUCUCUUAGAAGUUGUGGUUAUCUCCAUACAAUGGCAAAAUGUGGCCCAGUGGAAUCAAUAAUAAAGAAUAAAUUGAAUGAAGCGCUGCAGCCCUCCCACAUGGAAAUUGUAAAUGAGUCCUUUAUGCAUAAUGUUCCACCAGGAUCAGAAACACACUUUAAGAUUUUAGUAGUGUCUGAGGCAUUUGAUGGGUUGCCUCUAAUUAAGCGUCAUCGACUAGUUAAUACCACCCUUGAUGAGGAGCUGAAGACUGGAGUUCAUGCUCUUUCCAUUGUGGCAAAAACACCAACCCAGUGGUCUGAGAAUCCACAACAAAUGGAGUCCAGCCCUGCAUGUCGUGGAGGUUUUGGUAAAUAGUUUGAAUAAUAUGCAACAAAUUUUUGUAUAUAUUACAGACCAGUUAUAUCUUUCAUGUAAAUAUUUAAAGUAUUUCUGUAUUAAUGUUGUUAAUAAUGAUUAGUUCAGCACAGAAUUUGUUCAUAUCUGCAUGCAGGUGCAAAAUGUGUCAUAUGCUUUCUUAGCUUUCAACAAAUAAUUGAUUAAAAUAAAGAACUGAUAGGAGAUUAAAUAGGUAAUUUGUGAGGAUAUAAUUGGAGCCAAUAUUGAAUUCUUUACAUGAUUUAUAAAGGAGUAGCUGAGGAUAGUAUAAUAGUAUUACUUAGUAUAUGGGAAGUUUGGUACGAUGUUCACAGUCUUUUUACAUAAUUAUAUUGAUAGAUCCUCUGUAAUUAUAUUAGGUGGGUUGUGUCAAGUGCAACAUGUUUACAAGUCUUCAGUGGCAGAAACUAGAUGUUGACAUUUACCAGUUCCUAGCAUGUGAUAAUAGUGUCUUUUCUGCUGGUAACUUUUAUCAUUCCCAUUGGAACAGUCCAGAGGCUUUUUAUAAAUGGUCAGCAUUAAGAUUCUCCCCACCAAUUGGCAAAGGAUUCUUUCAGUUUGGAAAGAAAAUUUGUCUUAUGUAAAUUUUUUUCUUCUUCAUUUAUUGACUAUAUAUUUUCAAUUACAUCAAGGCAGGAAUGCUUGGUGGCAAAUCUUAGACUUCAUCAAUUGCAGCCAUACUUCUAUUCCUCACCACUGUCUGUUGUGGUGAAAAACACCAUUAUGCUGAAGUAACUCAAAUUGUCAUUUCAUCAUCCCUAGAUAUGUUAGACCAUUCAUAGCAACAUCCUCCUCUAGAAAUUUUAAUUAAGCUACUCUGUAAUAAGAGAAGGCAGCCCACACCAUCAUUGAUUAUUUCAGUUUUCAAAGUCUAUUUUGGGUCAUAAAAGCCUUAGUUCCUGGGUUUUCAAAUACAUCCAUUGUUUACCUCACUAAUUUUGAAUGUUACUUCUCCAGACCAUGGAGUGAUAUCUGUACUCCUUUGUAGAUCAGACCACUAAAAUUUACCAAAAAAUAGUACAUAAAUUUUUGCUUGGAUGCUAUAGUUUCCUUGUGGCAAGGCAGAAAGAGAACUCCAGCAUCUUACUGAUAUAAUGACACAGUCCUCUCAGACACAUUUUCCAGCAAGUGUGGAUUACUUUGCUUUACAUCUCAGGAACAUAAUCCUUGCUCUUUACCUUUUAAUUACACUCAGUGAUGUUUUUUAGCUCUAAAAGGCUUGUGACUUGAUUAUCUCUUUGAGUGUAUCCCAUAUGACCUUCCAGUGCUCCUUACUUUUCUGAGAAACACCUUGAUGGCAGAUCCAGUCUUGCAGUGUACAAAUAUCUCCACAGAGCAAUAGGGCUUGUAUCCCAUGACCUUCCAAAGAAUCUCCUUAGAGCAGUUGGGCUUGUAUCCCAUGACCUCCCAAAGAAAAUUAGAUACAAUGUAGAUAUCACAACAAUCUGGGUGAAAAUCCUGAGAAACAGUUACUUACAUGUGCUGUCCUACAAUGCCUAUGGUUCAUUAUAUGAGUGAGUUGCCAUGUUACCACUUUAUUCAAACCAUUUGUUUUUCAUUUCAUAUCAUUAACAUUUUCAUAUUUGGGAUAUAAUUCCUCUGUCUUUUCUCUACAGUAAUACAAAAAUUUAUAAUUUUUAGCAGUAAUUAGAUGUUAUUAAUGGUAAAUAUAAUCACCCACACAGGAAUAAUUAAAACCUGAAUUUCUUGUGGAUUUAUUUACUUAUAUAAAAUGUAUACAACAACAAUUUAGAGUAACAAAAUACUGGCACAUUGUAAAAAGAUCAUACAGGUGUGGAAGAACAGAAUGAACUUUCUUGAAAUUUGGAGUUGACAUUUUCACAUCAUCCUGUAGCACCCUGAGGUAGUACUUCAUCUGAAUUUUGAGGGAAGGAAUUAUUUAUCUGCAUGUUGUUGUUAUUACUGCAUAACAUUUAUUUGUCAUCUGGCAUUUUUAUUUUUUAUUAUUAUUAUUAUUUUUUUAUGCUUGUGUGGCAUCACAGUGUGCCACAAAUGAAUAGCUACUGAAUUACCAUAUAUUAUUAUUAGGCCUGAAGACUAAGAUUCAUAUUCAUAAAAUGGAUGGUUAUUUUGUUAUUAGUAUUGCACAGAUAAUGUCAUUAUUGGUCUUUGAUAACCCACCAAACAUCAGAAGAUAAGGUUUUCUUUGGGUUUCACUUGAUGCUGGAUGGUUCAGUGUAGCUGUCUAUCAGCUGAUGAAAUUCAAGAAUUUUAUAGUAUAAGAGAAAAAGAAAGAAAUAAUUAUCAGGCUAAUUAGAGCACCACUGUCAGGGUGAUUAUGUACAUAUAUAUUAUUUUAAUAAUUUCUUUAAUUAAUGCUAAAGAGAGAAAAGAUAAAAAUACAACAAAGGGCACAAAGUUUAAGAUAUUCUGGCACUGUUAAGUGAGGAAGAAAAAUUGACUGGCAGUGUUUGCAAAUAAUGAUGGUACACUAAGACAUUCUUGUUUUGGAAAAUGUCAACAGGACCAAGGCAGAUCCUAAUGAUAAAUGGUCAAAUUAUGUAGUUUUAAGGAAAUUAUCAGAUUACUGACCUUCAUGUUACAGUACAGAAUAAUUUCUAAUAACCAAGUAAGCAAAUUUGUCUUUGAAGUUGACCUAGUGUUUUAAAAUUCAACACAUUAACACUUGAAAUUGUAUUGAGAUCUCAACCCAGAGCAAAUCAGAUAGUACUUUAUGUACAAUCAUCUAUUUGCAGUUUAUAGUUUACAUAUCUAAAAUUUUUUCAAAGGACUCCAUCAUCUAAGACUAAGACUAGGAUUCAAGACAUCUUGGCAAGCUGAGUAAAUGUAUUGGAGACAUGGCAGACGAGGCCAGGUGUUCUGUGGGAGAAAAACAUCUCAUUAAAACAACUGAGAUAUCAUAUGCUAUAACAGCUCAGAACAAUCAGACUCAUUACUAUAACAAUAAAUUGCCUCACUCCCCUACUGCAAUAAUUUUGUGCAAAACACUUUUCUUAAUCUCAUGUAUAUUUUCAUGCCAUGAUAACACAAACUCUUGUGAUCACCAGGUAAAGUGAUAUGAAAGUUUUAUGUACCUUAUGGGACCUACAGAAAUAAAAAAUGGAAUGUGUAUACCUGGCACUAAGUGAUUUUUCAAUAAAAAUAAAAUGCAA